GAAUUGUAAACAUAUUUUGUAACAGAAAUGUUUUAACAAUUUUGAAAUGCAAUGGAAAAUGAAAGUGGUGAUAACAGUGAGCAAACUGCGUCAAGAAACCAAGCAGAUAGAUGGCCUGUGCUUUUGGUGUCACCUGAUCCAAGAGUAAAAAAAACGAUAUACAAAACGUGAUCCAGUGGCCAUCGAACGAUCGAAUCUCCUGAAUGUGAUAAAGCUGGUAGUGAAAGAACUCAUUGAAUCCUCUCUGAAAUAUGGGCGCCAGCUCGACACAGACCACGUGCCUCUCCAACACUUUUUUAUUUUACUGGAACACGCCAUGAGGCAUGGAUUAAAGCCAAAAAAAGGACUUUUAGGCCCAAAAAAAGAACUAUGGAAUGUUUUAGAGACAGUAGAAAAACACAUGCCUGAGGCCUCUGACAUUACUGCUAGUGUUAGAGAAUUACCCACCGUAAAAACACAUCUUGGAAGAGCAAGGGCAUGGUUAAGAUUGGCCUUAAUGCAGAAGAAACUUGCUGAUUAUUUUCGUAGGUUAAUUGAUAGCAAAGAUGAAAUUUUAAGGGAUUUUUACGAACGAGAUGCUCUUAUGAUGUCUGACGAAGCGAUUGUUGUUGGUGGCCUUCUUGUAGGACUGAAUGUUAUUGAUUGUAAUUUAUGUGUGAAAGAGGAGGAUUUAGAUUACCAGCAAGGUGUUAUUGACUUCAGCCUGUAUUUAAGAGAAUCAAAUGGUGAAGUUCAACCUUCGGAAGGGGUGGAUGCCAAUAAUCUGACUGCUGUUUUAGAUCAAAAAAAUUAUAUUGAAGAACUAAAUAGGCAUUUAAAUGCAACUGUGACAAAUCUCCAGCAAAAAGUUGAACAAUUACAAACAACCAAUGCCCUAAUGAAAGAAGAUCUAGCCAUAUCAAAGAAUCAAAUCAUAACCCUUCAAGAUGAUAAUGCUCAACUAAGAAAACUGUGUGAUCAAUUAACACUAGAAAAUAAAAAAAAGAUUGAGGAAGUGAAAGCAGAUAUGAAUUGUGAAAGGGAAACAUACCAAACUAAUCAAGUAGGUCUUGAUACCAUGUAUAUAGAUAUUAAAAAUCAAUUGCAGCAGGAGAUUUCUAAGAGACAGGAGUUGGAGGUUGAGUGUGAAUUGCAGAGGACCUUGAGGGACGAAGCGGAGGUCGCCAUGAAACUUCUGGAGAAAGAUAUCCACGAGAAGCAGGAUACCAUUCUCUCCAUGAGGCGUCAGUUGGAGGAUAUCAAGGCCAUCAAUCUUCAACUUUACAAUAAGUUGCAGGAAUGUGAAAAAGCUCUAAAAAUGAAAUCAGACCUUGUAACUGAGCUGGAAGCAAAGGUGGUUAACAUGAGCACAUCCCUUCAUGAGCUCGAGGAUAAGAGCUUUGACUUGGUGAAACUUAAAAGUCGAAAUGAAGAACUUGUAAGAAAAUUUGGCUCACAAUUAGCAGAGAAAGAUCAAAUUAGAUCAGUUUUGGAAUCAGAUUUGAAGAUUGAAAGAGAAUGGCGAGCAUCUCUGCAGUCUACAAUAGAAGAUUAUCAGAAACAGAUCUCCACUCUGAAAGACAAUAUUAAAAAAUUGCAGUUGAUGGAGCAAGAAUAUGUGAAGCUAAAAAUCAGCCAUUCAGAAUUACAGACUUUGAGCUCAGAACAUGAAAGAACGCUGGAAGAAAUGGGUUGCCAGUUAAAAGAAUCCAAACUACAGAUUGAAGAUCUGAAAGAAAAUCAGAUGGCUUUGAAAGAAGCAGUAUGGACACAUGACAAAGAAGCCACCAUUUGUAAACAAUGUAACAAAUCUUUUUCUGUUGCCAGAAGAAAACACCAUUGUAGACACUGUGGCGACAUAUUUUGUAAUGCUUGCUCAGAUAACACAAUGCCUCUGCCUUCUUCUGCAAAACCUGUUAGAGUUUGUGACACAUGCUACGCAUUACUCCUUCACAGAUAUUCUGCCACGGCUGACUUUACAUGAUGCCUUUUGUUUGUAUUUUUAAGUUUGUAUUUAGAAAUUGUACCAAAGUAUUUUGUACAUUGAUAUAUAUUGAAUUCAUGCACACAUGUGUAAAUAUGCAUGUGCAAGUGAAAAAAGUUGAGUCUCAUAGUUUUAUAUAUUAUAGAAAUACUUAUCUUGUAGUUCUCUCAUUAUAUAUUGUAUAUUCUAAGAAAGACAUAUAUGUUGUCUUACAUUUAUAUAUAAAGUGUUUGCAUUUUUAAAACUAUUACUGAAACAAAAAAGCAAAAUUUUAUUGAAUACAAAUUGGAGUGGUGUUUCCACGCUUCAAUUUUGAUUAUUUACGUGUGUUUAUAGGUGUUAAUAUAUGAUACGUUAUAUUCGUUUCAGCAUAUAUUUAUUGAGAAGUGAAAAAUUACUAUAUAUUCAAUUAAGUUCCAAUCAUCCAAUCCCUGAUACCAAAAUCAAAUUAUUUGGGGAAAAUUAAAUAAUAAAAAGGGAGAGAUAUAUUUAAAGAUAAGUAAGAGAUUCAAUUAAAUAGAAGGAAAAAGAGAAUUGUAAAGAAAUUUAAAAUGAAGAAAAAAGAAUGUGUGUUGUUUGGAUAGAGAACCAAAAGCCUGGAGUUUUUGAAAUGAAAUGUCCUUAUCAGUCGUUUACAAAUGUGCAUAAAUUUGAUCAAUUGUAUAUUUGUGAUUAUGGUACAUUCGUUUUAAUAGCCUCUUAAAUAAAAAAAUAGUCUGCAAAAUAUUCGCCAAACAAGAAAAAUAGUAUCUAAAAUAGUCUCCUAUUAUAUUUUAAAUAGCAUUAAUAUUAAAUCAUGCUACAUAUACUUUGAUGAACAGACAUAACUCAGCUGCAUGGUAUCUAAGCAGGAUCACCUAGACAAGCAGAGCUCUCUCCAGUUACACGCAAAAAGAUGUUCUACACAUGGUUUCAUGCCAAUCUUAUUUCAGUGAUAAGAUUGUAAAAGUUGUGCAUAUAUUAGAGAUAUUUAUAAAACAAUGAAAACUUAGCAGUCGGUAAUUACUUUUUUGAAGUGUCUCAAAAAAUAAGUUUAAAAAAAAAAAUAAUAAUUUGUUAUUAUUGUUGGCAAGAAAUACAUAUCUAGUGCCUCAUUGCACCAGGAGAAAAAAGAAAGAUAAAAGGGCUGUUUUACUUGUCCUUGGCGAUAUUAUUUAUCGCCAAGGACAAGUAAGCAGUGCUAACCCAUUUCGGGGCUUUUCGCAAAAUUUGGCAGACCUGAGUGAGCUUGAAAUUAGAACAUUUCAGC